AUGCAAACCAGCAGAAUUUUAAAAAAGCUUGGCAUCGCGGUUCGAAUCUUUUUUACAUUUCUCUUUGCUGCACUGAUACUUGCAUUGGUCAUAUAUGCCUACAAUGCACAUGUCAACAUACUGAUGUCCGAAUAUGGCGUCAUGGCAUUUGGCUUUUACGGGCUCCUGCUUUGUCUUCACCUGCUGGUCCAGAGUGUUUUCGCCUUUGUGGAGCACCGAAGGAUGCGAAAACGAUGUGAGGCUUGUUCUUACACCAAGACGGUUGGCUUCACCAUCUCUGCUUACCAGGAGGACCCAGCCUACCUGCGGGACUGCUUACAAUCUGUUAGGGCUCUUCAGUAUCCACCUGAACUUCUUCGCAUCAUCAUGGUGAUUGAUGGGAACACAGAGGACGAUCGCUACAUGAUGGACAUGUUCAAUGAGAUCUUUGCAGAUUUUGAACCCAGCUGCUAUAGGUGGCAGCACAACUAUCACACAUGGGACUCAAAGGUGCAGCAGGGGCAGACGGAGGGUUCACAACCUCAGGAGGAUCCGGAGCGCAAAGAGGUGGAGGAGCUGAUCAGAUCUAGGAGCUGUGUUUGUAUCAUGCAACAGUGGGGAGGAAAACGAGAAGUGAUGUACACUGCAUUUAAAGCCCUAGGAUCAUUGGUGGACUACAUCCAGGUGUGUGAUUCAGAUACAAAGCUGGACCCUUUGGCAACUCUAGAGCUGGUGAAGGUGCUUGAAAGUAACCCAAAAUAUGGCGCUGUAGGUGGUGAUGUGAUGAUCCUCAACCUGAAGGACUCAUACAUUAGCUUCAUGAGCAGCCUGAGAUACUGGAUGGCUUUCAACGUUGAGAGAGCUUGCCAGUCAUUUUUUGACUGUGUCUCCUGUAUCAGCGGCCCCUUAGGUCUGUAUAGGAAUGACCUCCUGCAAAAAUUUCUGGAGGCUUGGUACAAUCAGAAAUUUCUUGGACAGCACUGUACUUUUGGAGAUGAUCGCCAUCUCACCAAUCGUAUGCUGAGCAUGGGCUAUGCCACCAAGUACACUGCUCGCUCCAGGUGCUAUACGGAGACGCCAGCCCAGUUCCUGCGCUGGCUGAACCAGCAGACUCGCUGGACCAAGUCGUAUUUCCGUGAGUGGCUCUUCAAUGCCCUGUGGUGGCACAAGCAUAACCUCUGGAUGACCUAUGAGUCCAUCGUGGCAGGGGUCUUCCCCUUCUUCGUCACGGCCACCAUCAUUCGCCUCUUCUGGACCGGCACACUGUGGAACAUUCUGUUUGUGCUUUGCACCAUUCAGCUGGUCGGACUGAUCAAGGCGGUGUAUGCCUGCCUCUUGCGAUGGGACUUUGUGAUGAUCUUCAUGUCUCUCUAUUCUGCACUCUACAUGACAAGCCUUCUGCCUACCAAGUACUUUGCCAUGAUCACUAUGAACAUGAGCAGUUGGGGCACCUCAGGCCGAAAGAAGAUAGUGGGCAAUUACAUACCCCUGCUCCCGCUUUCUGUGUGGGCAGCUAUUUUGCUGAGUGGUCUGUGCUACGCAAUCUAUAGGGAAAGCAGGGAGGACUGGUAUUCACCUAAAAAAACUGAAGAGAAAAAACACUUGGUCUUUGGGAGUGUUGCUUAUAUCAGUUACUGGCUUAUAAUGAUUAUUUGUUACCAGCUAUUCAUUCGGAAAUUGUGCAGAAAACGUUCACAGGGUUACAAUGUGAAUGUGUAGUGUAGUUUUUCUAAUUUAAAUCGUGAAUUUAUUUAUUAACUUGUGUAAGAAGUAUGUUUUCAUACUUUUUACAUACAAGUCUCUGAUGAAGGAUUCUUUACAGUAUAUUAAUGUUUUCAAAAUAUUCUUAAUGAAAUAUGAUAAAUCUUAGUUGACAUAAAUAUACACACUUUGCACUUCGUGUGGCUAAAAUAGGGGUGGUACAUUUGUACAUUUGUGCAUCAUGGCACCCAUAAAGUAAAUACACUGACCAUUGUAAUUGACAAAUGAGACUUUUUGGUUUCACUAAAACACAUAGCCACACAAAAUGAAAAUAUAAAUUUCAUUUAACUAAAUUUUUCUUACUUUCUUCACUGUAUACUUAUAUCUGCCACAACAGAUGUAAAAUGAGCCCUUUUUACACCACUACAUUGUUAAAAGUAGUGUUGGACUACAGGAAUGUUGCAUUCAGUUCUUGUGGUCCAUGUGGAACCGUUUACAGACUUGAAUGUUUUUCAAUGUAUAUUAUUAAUAUAGAACUGUAAAUGUAUUGUACAGAUGGUGUUUUGAAAAUGUGAAGUAUUUAAAAAAAAUAAAGUAUUUAUUAGUAAA